AUGGACAACUUCCGCAUCUACAACCAGGCGACAGCUGCCUUGCUCGCCCUUGAGGCUGCACCGCUCCUUCUGAGUCCUAGCAUGGCCGCCUGGAUGGCCUCGUCCGAGCCCAAGACGGUUUCGGCAUUCGAGACACUUGUUGCUCGUGAACUGGGCUUCGCUUUACUCCUAUGCUCUUUCCUCGCCCUGCUCUUCUCGGGCGAACUGCACCGCCUCUGGGAUGAUGCCGACAACGUGCCCAGUGCUUCUGCUACUGCUGCCUCUCCANNUGUAUCUUGCAUCUCACGUCUGCGUCGCUUUCCGUCGUCAAUGCUAACACACCUCUUAGACUCUUCGGCCACCACCAUCGCAACCCUGCUCUACCACCUUGCAACUGGUAUCCUGAUGUACAUCUCAGGCACCUCCGCACAACUCUCUGGAAUUUUGAUCGCCGGUGCAUUGGCACACAUGGUGCUAGGUGGUGCCGGUCUUCUGGUCUUGGUCUUUGCAAAUGACGGAAAGAUCAGCAAGCGCACCGGCGCCGACAAGAGAACUUCGGGCUUCAUGUUCAAGAAUCAGGCACAUAUCCAGAAGCAUUCGUAA